AUGUCCAGCCUCAAAAACACCCUCUGGUCAACCUUCUCCAAGACCCCCAAGCAGCAUCUCAAGGAGCAGAAGCCCAAGUACCAACUCUGUAGCAACCCCAACAUCACUAUUACAGAUGCAGAGACCGGUGAAGAGUGGGAUUUCGUUGAUCAUGAUGAACUCGAUGGUGAUCUCGCGAACAGCGACGACAAUCGCACUUCGAGAGAGGAACUCGAGAUGAAUGCGCGCGAACAGGAGGAUCUCCUGUAUUCGCGACGGUGGAUGAAUUAG